AUGGUACGACUAACAGCCACACUUUUGUGUGUAGCAUUGUUCUAUCUGGUUACUGCUGAUGUUCCCUGGGUGGAACCUGGUCAGGGUUGUGUGCAUGGUAUCGGCGUUUACAAGGUCGGGGAAACUUUCAAUAGGGAGUGUGACGAUUGUACCUGCCAGGCUGACGGAUCUGUGUCCUGUUUGAAAAAUAAGAACUGUUGUCUCUACGCUGGAAGUAACAGUGAAACUCUACGAGCUGAAAUAGGAGACUCCUUCAAUGACGGGUGUAAUCAGUGCACGUGUACCAAGUCGAGGAAGAACCGUGGACCCUGGGAGUGCACCAGGAAGAUGUGUUCCUGUAGGUACAAGAAUUGGAAUAGCGUCGUGGGUUAUGCCAACAGUGGGGAUAGUGUUCAAGUUUACGAUCCUAAAGGAGACGAGAUGAGCUCUGAAUAUGGUUGCCCGAAGAUUUGCACGUGCAAAGCCAAGAAGCGCGGCAAGAAGGAAAAGGUUGAUUGCAGAAACGAGUUUUCGAGGAUGGUACGACUGACAGCCGCACUUCUGUGUGUAGCAUUGUUCUAUCUGGUUACUGCUGACCAGCCCUGGGUGGAACCUGGUCAGGGUUGUGUGUAUGAUAUCAGCGCUUACGAGGUCGGGGAAACUUUCAAUAGGGAGUGUGACGAUUGUACCUGCCAGCCUGACGGAUCAGUGUCCUGUGUGAAAAAUAAGAACUGUUGUCUCUACGCUGGAAGUAACAGUGAAACUCAGCGAGCUGAAAUAGGAGACUCUUUCAAUGACGGGUGUAAUCAGUGCACGUGUACCAAGUCGAGGAAGAACCGUGGUCCCUGGGCUUGCACCAGGAAGAUGUGUUCCUGUAGGUACAAGAAUUGGGAUAACGUCGUGGGUUAUGCCAGUAGUGGGGAUAGUGUUCAAGUUUACGAUCCUAAAGGAGACGAGAUGAGCUCUGAAUAUGGUUGCCCGAAGAUUUGCACGUGCAAAGCCAAGAAGCGUGGCAAGAAGGAAAAGGUUGAUUGCAGAAACGACCCUUGUAUUAUGUUUUAA